AUGCUGGGUUUCAAAGAUACCUUCUUCCUUGGCUUUCUUUCCCUUAUCCUUCUAGUUUCAGAUGCUGCACAUCAACCAAGCUCUCCCAUUCCCAUUAUAAGGAGAAGCAACUUCCCAAAAGACUUUGUUUUUGGUUCUUCAUCUGCUGCUUAUCAGUAUGAAGGUGCUGCUUUCCAGUAUGGAAGAAAACCAAGUAUUUGGGACACCUACACUCACAAACACCCUGAGAGAAUUGCCGAUGGCAAGAAUGGAGAUAUAGCUGUUGAUCAAUACCAUCGCUACAAGGAAGAUGUUGCCAUUAUGGACCGUAUAGGUUUUGAUGCUUACAGAUUCUCAAUUUCAUGGUCCAGAGUGUUACCAAAGGGAAAACUUAGUGGUGGUGUGAAUAAAGAAGGAAUUGACUACUACAACAGACUCAUCAAUGAGCUCCUUUCAAAAGGCAUCCAAUCCUAUGUAACAAUUUUUCAUUGGGAUGUUCCCCAAGCUUUACAAGAUGAGUAUCAAGGCUUCAUGAAUCAUUCAAUUAUAAAUGAUUAUCGAGACUUUGCUGAGCUUUGCUUCAAGGAGUUCGGAGAUAGAGUGAAACAUUGGAUCACCUUUAAUGAACAAUACGUCUUUAUUAUAAAUGGCUAUGCAACAGGAUCUUUUGCACCAGGCAGAUGCUCUUCUUGGCAACCAUUUAAUUGUCUUGGUGGAGAUUCUGGGACUGAACCAUACAUUGUUGGUCAUCACCAAAUUCUUUCCCAUGCUGUUGCGGUUAAACUUUAUAAAUCUAAAUAUCAGAAAUACCAAAAAGGAGAAAUUGGAGUGACAUUAUUUUCGAAUUGGUUUGUCCCAUAUUCAAGUAGUGCCGCAGACAGAAAUGCUACAGUUCGAGCUCUAGAUUUUCAACUUGGUUGGUUUUUGCAUCCAGUGGUCUAUGGAGAUUAUCCACCAAUCAUGAGAGCUCUUGUGAAAGACAGAUUACCUAAAUUCACAAUGGAAGAACGUAGUUUGAUCUUACAAUCCUACGAUUUUAUUGGAAUUAAUUACUAUACAUCUAAUUAUGCACAAGACAAUCCCAAUGUUGAUCCUGCCAGACCAAGCCUCUUGACUGAUUUACGUGCCAAUUCUUCGACCGAUCGUAAUGGAGUCUCAAUUGGUCCGAAGGUGAAUGCUUCAUCCUGGCUUGCAGUUUAUCCAGAAGGAUUGAAAGAUUUGAUGAUACAUAUAAAGGAUCAUUAUAAAAAUCCGGAUCUCUACAUUACAGAAAAUGGAUAUCUCGACUUUGAUAGUCCUCAAGUUUACAAACUACUAAAAGAUGAGGGUAGAGUUAAAUACUAUCGUCAACAUCUCAAUAAACUUUACGAAUCAAUCAAGGCUGGUGUAAGGAUAAAAGGAUUCUUUGCAUGGUCGUUAUUGGAUAAUUUUGAAUGGGCGAGUGGAUAUACCGUGCGCUUUGGUCUGGUCUACGUUGAUUUCAAGCACCGUUUGAUGAGAAUCCCAAAACUAUCAGCAAAUUGGUUCCACAAUUUCCUACGAAGCUAA